AUGAGUCUUUUAUCAUGGAAUUGCCGGGGGCUUGGCAACCCGACGGCAGUUCGAGUACUUGCGGACCUUGUCCGUGCUAAGAGGCCAAGAGUGGUUUUUCUAAUGGAAACUUUUGUUGAUAAGUCGAGAAUGGAGGAGGUAAAAGUGCAGAUUGGGUAUGAGAAUAUGUUUGUUGUGGAUGUUGUUGGACACAAGGGAGGAUUGGCGUUAUUGUGGAUGAGUUCUAUUGACUUGGACAUAACGGCUUACUCGAAUAAUCAUAUUGAUGCCGUUUUGGCCAUGGAUAUUGGUAGACCAAGUUUUCGGUUCACAGGGUAUUAUGGUUUUCCUGAGAGGCAAAGGCGACGGGAUUCCUGGAAUAUGCUACGCACGCUUGCUGCACAAAGUACUUUGCCAUGGGUAGUGAUGGGUGACUUCAAUGAUUUACUUCAUCACUCAGAUAAACGUGGCCGGGUCCCCCACCCGGAAUGGUUGCUAGCAGGGUUCAGAGAAACAAUAGCUGACUGUAGCAUUCAUGAGUUCCCAUUUGAAGGGCACCAAUUCACUUGGGAACGCUCUAGGGGCACGCCUAAUAUGGUGGAGGAGAAGUUGGAUAGAAUUUUUACUACAGAAUCCUGGGUUACUAUGUUUGAUGGGGCUCGUGCGACUUCAAUGCUUUGCCCAUAUAGCGACCAUCUUCCGCUAUUAUUGACCUCGGUAUCGCUUGCCCAUACCAUAAAAAGGAAAAGGUUCUGCUUUGAUAACAUGUGGCUACGGGAGGAUAAAUGCCGUGAAAUUGUGAUGCAAUCUUGGGAACGAACUGUGGGUCUUGAUGUGUUCACUAGAGUUGAGAAUUGUGGCUAG